GCUAUAGCUAGUCGAGUCGAGAAUUCUACAUAUUCUUUUUUUUUUGAAGUUCGAAUUCUACAUAUUCUGAGAUUGUAGUACGCUAUAGCUAGUCGAGUCGAUUCUCGCGGCGUGAGGUUCUCUCGUGCGCGAUUGUUGAACCCCGUACGUAUGUAUCACCAUGUGGCUCCUAAUCAAGAUCAUCCACCACAUGAUCAAGUUCAAAGGGGCCAUCGCGAAGCUCGAGGAGGCGGCGGCGCGCGCCCACGACCGUCCGGCGAGGCUGGACCAGCUGCGAUCGGCCUGCCACCACCUGACAGGCGUGGACAGCCACCUCAGCAGAAUGCACGACUUCCUCGAGAGCGACCUCCCCGGCGACGACCGGCUGGGGAUCUGGGGCCGGCGGGGCGCCGGCAAGACGUCGCUCCUCACGCCGCUCCAUCAGCCCAGGCCGUACCACGCGCUCUUCGACCGCGUGCUCUACCUCGCGCUGGGCGGCAGCUCCUCGGUGGCGGACGUGCGGCGCUGCAUCGGCAUCUGCCUGGGCUACUACAGCCACGGCGAGCUGACGCCGGCGGACGAGCGGGCCCUGGCCCGCCUCAUCCGCCGGGACCUGUCGCGCAGAAGCUUCCUGCUGCUGCUGGACGGGCUGGGGGCCCCCGUCGACCUGGCGGCGGCCGGCGUCCCGGUGCCGCUCGGGAAAAGCGGCCGGCGGCAGAAGGUCGUCGUGGCCUCGGAGACCCCCGACGUGUGCGCCCUCAUGGGGUGUGCCGCGGACAACGUCGUCGAGAUCGGGCGCCUCGGGGAAGACGACGCGUCGGGCCUCUUCAGAGACUGCGUGGGGGAUAAAAUCCUCCAAAAUUCUCGGAUUCGGCCGCUCGCCAAGGAGAUGGCUGAAGCCUGUGGAGGAUUGCCACUGGCACUAAGGAUGUUUGGUUGCCCGAUGUCUGCUAUAGAACAUGCAGAUGAAUGGAGGUAUAUGCAUAAGUAUCUUAAAGGCUCGGCUUCCAUUGUCACAGGAACAGCUUUUAGAUUUGUUAGUCGAUAUCCGGCACUCGUAGGGUGUUUCAGCUGCAAUAAUAAUGCCUAUUUUCUUCCUUGAGCUUGUAAGUUUUCUCCACCACUUCAAUGUGAUGACCAUCUCCGACGGAGAACCGAUGCGAGAAAGACGUUGAUAGUGAUAGUGGCCAAAGAUCUUUCUGUUAAACUGUGAUCCAAAUUUUAGUACCUGACAGAUUAGACGUAGUACAACCGGUGUGGGGCGUGGCGUUAAUGCCGGCGCGUACGAGUACAACUUGUU